UUACUGUAUUUAUUAUUCUUAUUAUUAUAUUUAUUAUUUUACUCUCUUUAUUAUUGGCAGAAUACAUCAGCACAUUUACAUUGAAGAAGGUUAGAAUAAUGAUUUAAUCAGAGUUGGACAAUCUUAUUUUUAUUAUUAUUACAUUUACAUUAUUUUACUGUAUUUAUUACUCUUAUUAUUAUAUUUAUUAUUUUACUCUCUUUAUUAUCGGCAGAAUACAUCAGCACAUUUACAUUGAAGAAGGUUAGAAUAAUGAUUUAAUCAGAGCUGGACAAUCUUAUUUAUUAUUAUUAUUAUAUUGACAUUAUUUUACUCUCUUUACUAUUAUCGGCAGGAUACGCCAGCACAUUUACAUUGAAGAAGGUUAAAAUAAUGAUUUAAUCAGAGCUGGACAAUCUUAUUUUUUAUUAUUAUUACAUUUACAUUAUUUUACUGUAUUUAUUACUCUUAUUAUUAUAUUUAUUAUUUUACUCUCUUUAUUAUUAUCGGCAGGAUACGCCAGCACAUUUACAUUGAAGAAGGUUAGAAUCAGAGUUGGACGAUCUUAUUUUUAAUUACAGUUUUAUGUAAAUAUUCAAAAACAUUUAACCUAGUGAUGCCUCAAUUAAUAUAAUUUUAUUGGUAUCUAUUUUUAUGUUUGAAUCUCUUUAUUAUUAUCAGCGGAAUACAUCAGCACAUUUACAUUGAAGAAGGUUAGAAUCAGAGUUGGACAAUCUUAUUUUUAAUUGCAGUUUUAUGUAAAUAUUCAAAAUCAUUUAACCUCGUGAUGCCUCAAUUGAUAUAAUUGUAUUAGUAUCUAUUUUUAUGUUUGAAUCUCUUUAUUAUUAUCGGCGGAAUACAUCAGCAUACUUACAUUGAAGAAGGUUAGAAUCGGAGUUGGACAAUCUUAUUUUUAAUUACAGUUUUAUGUAAAUAUUCAAAAACAUUUAACCUCGUGAUGCCUCAAUUGAUAUAAUUUUAUUUUAAUUUAAUGUCAUUUUAUUGGUAUGUAUUUUAAAUGUAUUUUUAUUUCCUUGGUAUCUAUUUUAAUUUAAUGUCAUUUUAUUGGUCUCUAUUUUGAAUGUAUUUUUAUUUCCUUUUGCAAUAAAUUUGUUAAAGGGAUUUUUAUGGACACCCUGUGUAUGUAUGUGUGAGGUUGGAUCGCUUUGGAUCUCGUUGGGAAAAGUGAACACACCCCUGCGGUGUGUUGUUUUGCUGUUUGGACGAUUUCCCCUCACUUUUAGCCUCUGUGAUCCUUUGCAAAAAUGGGCUUGUUUUGGAAACGAGGAUCGGGGGUAAAUCUCCAGUGGAGACACCUUUCCCCCAGGAUGAUAACUUCCUGGUCCGUCCGAGGGGAAGAGCCCUCUCACUUCCUGUUGUCUCAGUCCCGGCGAGUCGGGCCCGUAUAACAACGUGGCCGCUGCGCUGUUGUUUCCGCAGCAGAGGUGGUUUGGAAAGAGCUCGUUGUUGUGUGUUGUUGUUUCCUGACUCUUGUCUUUCUCCCCCUUCUCCCUCCUCCGCUCUUCUCCACCUGACGUGGAACGUUUUCUGCAUCGACAGGGAUGCGCCGUGGUUGAGUUCAAGAUGGAAGAGAGCAUGAAGAAGGCGGUGGAGGUCCUCAACAAGCACAGCCUCAGCGGGAGGCCCCUCAAAGUGAAGGAGGACCCGGACGGGGAGCACGUCUGGCAUGCGGUGCAGAAGGGCAUGUCGUCCUCCGGGAGCAGGAUGGGGAUGGGUCCGGGCCCCGGGGGCCCCGGGGGCCCCGGGAUGGUCAACAUCCCCCCCAGCAUCCUUAACAACCCCAAAAUCCCCAACGAGAUCAUCCACGCCUUGCAGGCCGGGCGCCUGGGCAGCACCGUCUUCGUGGCCAACCUGGAUUACAUGGUGGGCUGGAAGAAGCUGAAGGAGGUCUUCUGCAUGGCCGGGGUGGUGGUCCGGGCCGACAUCAUGGAGGACAAGGACGGGAAGAGCCGCGGCAUCGGCACCGUCACCUUCGAGCAGGCCAUCGAAGCCGUCCAGGCCAUCUCGAUGUUCAACGGGCAGCUGCUUUUCGACAGGCCGAUGCAUGUGAAGAUGGACGAGCGGGCCUUGCCCAAAGGGGACUUCUUCCCUCCCGAGCGGCCGCAGCAGCUUCCCCACGGACUCGGGGGCAUCGGCAUGGGCCUGGGCCCCGGGGGCAUCCCCAUCGACGCCAACCACCUCAACAAAGGCAUCGGCAUGGGCAACGUUGGCCCUGGAGCCAUGGGAAUCGAAGGCUUGGGCUUUGGGAUGAACAAAAUGGGAGGGAUGGACGGCCCUUUCGGAGGCAUGGAAAACUUGGGACGCUUCCCGUCGGGGAUGAACCUCGGCCGGAUCAGCGAGAUGGACCGAGCCAUUGGGGGUGGCUUUGAGAGAGACUUCCCCCGGAACGACAUGGGGAUGCCACGCAGCUUCGGGGACUCUCUGGACAGAGGCAUCGGCAGUGGUGGCGGGGCCAGCCUCCCGUCCAUGGAGCGCAUGGGUGGGCCGGGCCUGGACCGCCUUCCCUCGGGCCUGGGCCACGGCCUGGAGAGCCGCGUGGGCUCGGAGAUGGACCGCAUGGGCCUGGUGCUGGACCGCAUGGGCUCGGGCGUGGAGCGCAUGGCCCCGGCCAUGGAGCGCAUGGCCCCGCUGGGCAUGGACCACCUGGGCUCGGGCCUGGACCGCAUGGGCGCCUCGGCCGCCGGCAUGGGCUUCGGCCUGGACCGCAUGGGCUCGGCCAUGGAGCGCAUGGGGGCGGCGGCGGCGGCUGGCGUGGAUCGCAUGGGCCUGGGCAUGGAGCGCAUGGUCCCCGUCAUGGACCGCAUGCCGGCCGGCCUGGAGCGCAUGGGCCUGGCCGCCGGGAACAUGGAGCGCAUGGGCCUGGAGCGCAUGGGCGUCGCAGCCGCCGCCGCCGCCGCCACCGGCAUGGAGCGCAUGGGGCAAGGCCUGGACCGGAUGGGCCUGGCCAUGGGUAACUCCUUCGGGAUGGAGCGCGGGAACUUCGCCUCCGCAGGAAACUUCCCCGGAGCCAUGGGCGCAGGAGCAGCGGGGGGGCCCCCCUCGGCCGCCGUGGCCCCCAGCGCCAGCAUGGCCAGGAAGGCCUGCCAGAUCUUCGUCCGGAACCUGCCUUUGGACUUCACCUGGAAGAUGCUGAAGGACAAGUUCAACGAAUGUGGGCACGUGCUGUACGCGGACAUCAAGGUGGAGAGCGGGAAGUCCAAGGGCUGUGGGGUGGUGCGCUUUGAGUCCCCCGAGGUGGCCGAGCGCGCCUGCCGCAUGAUGAACGGCAUCCAGCUCCGCGGGCGCGAGAUCGACGUUCGCAUCGACCGCAACGCCUAAGGCCACCCCCGCCCCCCCCCCCCCCGCCCCACCCUCAACAGCCUUUUUUAAUCCUUUGGUUCCCUCUGGGGUUUUGAAUUAUUGUUGUAAUUCCACAACAAUAGAGACAGACACUGGGGUGUCCGUGGUGGAGGAAAUACAUGAAACCUGCAAUGUCGUUGGAGCCUUUUUUAAUCCUUUGGUUCCCUCCCUCUUGGGUUUGUUUUAAUUCCCCUUUUUCAGUCCUUCCUUUGUAGCCUCACACUCUUGUUCCCAUAUGUUGUUUUUUUUCCUUUUGGAAUAUUAUAAUAAUAAUAAUAAUAAAAAGGUUUGGUCCCGAUCCAUCACUGUUUGGGUUCCUAGUGUCCUCUGUAUAGGGGUGAACUACAACUCCCUCCUCAGGCAAAUUCCACAACAAUAGAGAGAGACACUGGGGUGUCCGUGGUGGAGGAAAUACAUGAAACCUGCAAUGUCGUUGGAGCCUUUUUUAAUCCUUUGGUUCCCUCUUGGGUUUGAUUUAAUUCCCCUUUUUCAGUCCUUCCUUUGUAGCCUCACACGGUUGUUCCCGUAUGUUGUUUUUUUCCUUUUGGAAUAUUAUAAUAAUAAUAAUAAUAAAAAGGUUUGGUCCCGA